AUGGUGUCGGACUCAAACAUGGCAAACGGCGCUGCCCCCUCUCAGGGCGGCUUGGGCCUCAUCAAGCUCAUGUCCCCUUACUGGGACUCCCACAUGUCGAUCCCUGUGAUGGACUGGAUGUUGUCCAACGAGAUGAUCACACCGGAAGAACGCGAGCAAAUGGGACAGAGUCUUCUCGGACAGGCUGCCACAACUCCUGCGGGGCGCGCCGCCGUCGAGGCAGAAAUUCGGGAAAUCGAAGCGAAACUGGUGAAUUUCAACAAUGCCAUUGAGGCCUACAAGAAGGAGCAGCAGAAGCGCAUAGGCGGCUACCCCGAUCGCAAGACACUCGUCGAUCUCAGCGAGUGGUGGAUGACGAACUCGGGGCAGUCGCCAGCUCCGCCUGCUCUCGAGUUGGGCGUCGACGCUCUCGUUCCGCGUCUGGCGAAACUUUACUACGACAUCGGCGACUACAAACAGUCGCUGCAGCAGCUGCAGUACAUGCUGACCACCCUCUACGAGCUCCUUGCUGAAGGGACGAACACCCAGACGCGUAUGGCGUGCUACUGGGGUGUUUGCGCGUGCAUUAUUCUGCUGCACCACCAGCAGCAGAGCGAGAACAAGUCGGCAGCGUCCGAGGAGACAGAAAAGAAGGAAGCUGCUCAAGACGAAGAACUGCUGCAGACUCUCGACCAUGGCGAGGACGAGGAGGGAGAUGCAGCGAGGGCAGCGCUGGCAGAAGCGGCGAAGAAAGCCGCUGUGGAGACACACACUGCAGCUCAGUGCAUUUUGAAGCUCGGCGAUAUUCUAGACCAAGUGGCUGCUGCCUCCAGCAAAAAAGAUCACCAGGGCAACCCGCCGCUGCCUGCCGGUCUGACCAUGUCCAGAGAGCAGCAGCUGCUCAACCGAUCGUGGCUUCUCCACUGGAGUGUCUGGCCGCUCUUCCGAUACUAUUUCUUAAUGGUCCACACCAAACAAUUCAUUCCCAGAAACCAGGCUUGGAGUCUCAUGCUCGAGUGGGUCCUCCACGAAGGAAACCUGUCCUGCGUCACAGUCGUGUGUCCGCAUCUUCUGCGAUAUUACGCCGUCUACGCGAUUCUGAAUCGCAAGAGAAAAGAUCAUUUCCAAGCUGUCAUUACAGCGAUAGGCCAGGGCAAGAACCGCUACAGUGACCCCUUCACUUCUCUCUUGGAGGCUCUUUUCCUUGACUUCAACUUCGACGAGGCUCAGCACCACAUCGCUCGAAUUGGAGAGGAAUGUGACUCGGACUUCUUUCUUCAGCCUCUCAAGGGAGCGAUCAACGAAUUCGCACGCUUGUUGAUCUUCGAGACCUACUGCCGUAUUCACAAGUGCAUCAACGUCGACAUGAUUGCCAAGAAGGUGAACAUGUCCCCUGAGGCUGCUGAGCGGUGGAUUGUGAAUCUCAUCCGGCACGCUCGUCUUGAGGCACGCAUCGACAGCGAGAAGAACCGCGUCCAGAUGUCCGCUGCGCCUCCGAACCUGUACCAGCAAGUCAUCGACAAAACGCGAAAUCUUUGCAUUCGCUCAAACUUGAUUCUUCAGAACAUUGCCAGGCCUGCAGGCUUCACUGGCCGAGAAGGCGACGACGUCGUCACGUCAAGAACAAAUAGACAGAGAGGAGGCCGAGGACGCCAGUGGGUCCAAGGAGGCGAAGGGGACGGUUUUUAUCGCGGUGAAGGAGGAAGAGGAGGCAGAGGCGGGCGAGGAGACAGGGGACACAUGGGAGAUGGGAGGAGAGACCCGAUGGCAGCGGUGGCUGCGUCCAUGGCUAGCCGACGACAGGACGACACUGCCUUUGCGGCGUAACUUCAGCCUUCCUUCGGUUAUCGCUAUCGUCUUGAAAGUGUGAAGUGCCCCUGUAAACAAGAAAACCUGUUUCGCCACUUCAGUUACAGUCUACAUGUUUUUUCCAUUUCACACGUCUUCCCUCUUUGUCUGCGCCUGUUUGUCUCUUUGUCGAUCGGUCCAAUGCGUCUGCAUCUCUGCGGUAACUCGCCAGCUGAAAGGCAGAAUUGCCCCGUUCAUAUGGGAGCAAAGUUACCGUGUGUUCCUCAACAUAUUUCUGUUCCUUCUCUGGUUCGGGUGUUUCUGCCUAAUCGCAAAAGAAACUGUGUAAGCGACGGAUCGGGUAAUGUUUAAACUAUUAAAACGGAGUUUUUGAUGAGGCGAGAAUCUGUUUGACGAGGUUGCGUCAGGUGCUUUGUCGAUGCAAGCGUCAAUCGCUGACUCCAGUGGCAAAAUGCCAACCAAACAUGCUAAUUUAGUUUUUCCGUG